AUGUUGAAAACAACCAAACAAGUGUUUUUAAGUAAAGCCUCGCUUCAUCAUCAUGCCAAGAAUUCCUUGUUGGUGAUGGUACCAUCCAAGAAGGGAGGAAUGAUAGAAUCAAGAAACUUUUCACAACAGAUCCAACAGUUGAAAAAACAAAAGGAAACUGCGAAUUCCGAGGCGCCCGAAGAAACAAUUAGUGCUUCAAACGAAUAUCAUCCAAGUUUAAAUGAUUUUGUUGCUUUCUGUAAAAGAAGAGGAUUUGCUUAUCAAGGCUCAUCACUCUAUGGUGGAUUGUCUGGAUCUUUUGAUUAUGGCCCUAUUGGUUCACAGCUUAAAAAGAAUCUCAAAGAUUUAUGGUGGAAAGACUUUGUAGAACUUCGUAGAGACUGUGUUGGAAUUGAUACACCAAUUAUUCUCCAUCCCAAAGUAUGGGAAAAGUCUGGCCACAUUGGAAACUUUACAGAUCCUUUAGUGACAUGCUUAACAUGCCACUCAAGAUUCGAAGUUGAGAACUUGCUUAAGAGGCAACAAAAUCCAUCCUCCAAAGAUGUUGUUAACAAAAUGGAAACUGCUAAAGAAAAAAUGAAUGGAUGA